AUGGUGGGAGCCAACGGCCACAAGAACAAGAGCAACGAGAAGCAGAAGGAGAAAGCGCAGAAUAUGAUUCUUACCUUCCUUUUAAACUAUUUACAUGCAUCCGUUCAGUGGGAUGAAAAGAGUAUCAUCAAGAAUCAUUUGGAAUCCUUAGUCAAGACAGGAGCUCAACUUAGUGAGAGCGACAGCGACGAGGAGGUCAACCUUUAUACGCGGGGUACACCGUCGUCGCCACAUUCACCAACGCACGCGGCCGGUACGAUGGACAAAGUGACGGCGCGACUCUUUCCCGGGAGGAACAUCAUUCAAUCUGGUUGGUGCGUGAAGCAAGGCGCAGUGAGAAAAAGUUGGAAAAGGAGAUAUUUCAUCUUAGAUGAUCAAGGCAUAUCUUAUUAUAAAUCAGAUCAGGAAAAAUUACCAAUCAGAAUGAUCCCUAUUAAAGAAAUAUCAUCUUGCAAAGUAGCAGAACACGGGCCCAGCAUUCAGCGGGACAACUUAUUUGAAAUCAUCAGUGCAGGAAGGACGUUCUUUGUACAGGCCUAUUCACCGGGGGAGAUGGCCUCGUGGGUGGAUUCCAUAAGCAAUGCCAUCGGAACCAAGAAGAAAGGCUUAGAACAGAGUUGAUGUGAGCGGAAGGGUUUAGAUUCAUGUACAGAGUUUGUAGAUGUUUGUGAAUAGAAUGGAAGGAAAUACGUACCUAUGACGGAGCCAUCAUUGCCAGUAACUUAUCUGAGUCAUACCCCGUUCAGCGUCAUCACACAUCCAUCCAUUCCUGGUGACGAAACGCCACAAAAGAUCUUUUCUCCACAAUUGGAACGAUUUGGUUGUUUGCAUAAUGCGGUGCUCCUCAUCAAGUUCAGUCCCAUUUGUGGGAUUUUGAGUAGGGGAGUUCAGUAUCGCCUUGGAGAAGGAUCGCCCAUCCUGAGUUGAACCUAUUAAUCCAGCCAAGUCCCACAUGCAUGGAUUCUAAGAGGGGAUUUCUCCAUCCUGAUCAAGUGCCUUCAAAGAAGAAUCUUCCAAAUAUCUAGUGUUGGACUAGUCAUCCAGUGUAGACCCACGUACAGGAAUCCAACGUGGGGUGUUCUACUUCUAGAUCAAGCAUUCCAAAAAUCUAUUCCAAACUUUAAAAAAAUAGGCAUGUUGUGUGGUGCUGUCCAAUGCUUUUAAUUCAUUCCCUUCUUAGCCAGGAAGCAUGAUUUGUAUGUCUUUUUAUGUGGCCUGGAACAAAAACUGAAUUUUGUGUCGCAUAAUCCGUUCACUUGAAUUUCUAAAAUAGUAAAUAUAUUAGUAUUUCCACUUGCAUCUUUUACAGAUAUUUACAAAUUUUAAAGUCAUUCUCCCAAAACUUUUGUUGAACAGGUGCCUGGGUUUUUUGUUGGUUUUUCUUUGUGAGUUGAGUCACAAAAUAAUAUGUUAGAACAUCAUUAUUUCAUCCUCCUUAUUUCUGCAUUUGCCAUGGUAUUGCUGAAGAUAUUGGUGGCAGGAAUAAUGGCAUCAGAGAAUGAUGGGAGAUGCAUUUUGGAGAAUAUUCUUAAUAUGCUUUCAUGACUUCUUGAAAUAGUUAUGUCAUUAUACAUGGAAGUUACUUUAUAUCAAAUGAAUUUAUAAUAAAAACCUUUCAACAGGUUAAACGUGCCAACAAUGAGUUGUUAUUUCAAGUUUUUCAAUAAACACAAUUCAAAAUCAUUUUAGCAUUCCAUAUUUGAAAAAAAAUAUCUGGAUAGUAAAUUUUUUUUGCAUAAUUAAAUAAAUGGCAAUAAUUUUUUGAUAUUUCAGAAAACUGUUCCAUGGGACAAUUAAAUAUGCCAAUAUGAUUGAUUUCUGAGACACCAUUUGUGACCAGCCACCCCCAAACCAACAAAAAGUUGCCAGGAUAGAUUCUCUGUGAAUAAUCGAAAUAGUGAUUCGGUAUUCAAAGGAUAAAACUGAGCUUAUUUCAAAGAGUAAUUCUCCUUCAUACUGUCAACUUUUAAAGUUAUUGAGAUGAAAAAAGACAAGUUACAAAACUUUCUUUGACACCAUUUUUUUUUCUGGACUGCUUGGAUGUUUCACUGAACUUGAGAGAACUCUGAACUUCAAAACUUAUUUCCCUUAUUCUUUAAAGCUCUUGCUGAUUUUUCUACAUUCAAUCAAGGACUUGAAUGGGUUAUUAUUUAUCAUUUUUUACAAGUUAUGCAUCAUUCAAUACCUUAGGAUGUGCUUUUCCAAAUCUUAAGAUUCAUUUUGGUGACUCAUUGUUUGGUUUUGGGGUGGUAGGUUCCGUAUACAUUUUGAUAUGGCAAAAGAAACCCUGAUGCCAAUCUCCACAACAUUCCUAAAAGGCCAAAUCCACCCCGACUGUAAGUUCAUUUGAAUAAAUAUAGAAAAUCAAACAAACAUAUCACUGAAAAGUCAUUGAAAUUGAAUGUGAAUGAACAAUAAAACAUUAGGUUUCAAUAAUAAUGGUAAAUUACGUGUUCAGUGUGUGAUCAAGCCAUCUACUAUAUUCUCAAAGAAUAUAAUUGAAUUUUGUGAAAUUCAUACACUAUAAUACAAAAUGAACAGUUGGUAUGUGACACCAUUUGCUUUAUUGUUUUCAUUCCACCCUCAUUAUUACACAAUAUCACUGUUUUAAUGAAAGUAUGUAAUACUUUAAAAUACCAUACUUUUACAUCAGUUUUGAUGACAUUUCAGUGUUAUGCCUGUAUUAUUCUAUUUUAUGAUCAGAGCAACGUGUAGAAGUGUUUUUUCAUGAUAGUCCAUAAAUAUAAUGUCAGUAUUAAUAUCCUUGUCUUAGAUUCAAGUGUCCUUCAAUAUAAAAGAGAAAAUUUCACUGCAAAAUAGAUCAGAAGUUUGAGAACAGUCAUGUUAGCAGUGAUGCUGUUUCAAGUUUGUUUACGUCGUGAAUUUUUUCUUAUAUUUGUAUAUAGAUACAGUUGUAUAUGAAUUUAAAUUUGUAUAGGGUUUAUGUAUAGAUAUUGAUUUUUAUUGUUUGUUUUGUGGAAAUAGAUGGGUAUAUUUUAUGAGAGUACCGUGUGGGAGAAAAUAGAUUAUAUUUGAGCACAGUUGCACAAGUUUAAACAUUUUAUUGCUUCAAAUAAUUCAACCAGUAGGGAAAUACAUAUACCUCCCUACCCCAUUGGUGCCAGAGGCAUCUAUUUCUAUUAUGUAACUUAAAGAAUAUUAAUGCUGACCAGACAUAUACAGUUGUGCUCAAAAGUUAGUGAACCCCACCAAAAAAUGCACUUCUUCCUGCUGUGUGCUGAAUGUAGACACCACCACUACAAUUUUUGGUGAGCCCAGAGAAGCAAACUUUAUUGAAUGUGAUAUUUUAUCACCUGACUUCACCAUUGAAUAUUUAAAACAUGGCAGAACUUGAACACAGUAAAAGCAUUCAUCUCCUGGUGGGGUUCACUAACUUUUGAGCACCACUGUAAUAUACUUUCUAAUUAGCAAACGCUGCAUGUCUAUCGAUAUAAGUCAUGUGCUUUCAAGCUUCUCAUCAAUAUAUAAUUUGUCUUUCAGUUUUAUUAUGGUCGUCUUUCUUUUUUGUUGUUAACUAUAAGAGCCAGUCUGAUACAGUUUGGAAGACAUUCCUAUAAUGGAUUAUUAAGUAGAUUCAUUGACAUAAAUCCUGCAAUAUUUCCUCUUUCCGCAUUAGCCUUUUUCCAGCAGUUAAAGGCUCAUAUUCUUUAAUCUGGUUUAUUUUAAAU